AUGCCGGCCUCCCCGGCGCCGGCCGCGGGCGCUGGGGCACACGGAGCAGCCGAGGAGAAGGGCGCCCGGCCGCGCCCAGCCGGCGCGGUCCUGAAUGGCGGCGCCGGCCUCGCCGCGCGCCCCGAGGCCUUGUCGGCCACGCCGCUGGCCGAGACCGUGGUCGCCCGCCACGCGCUGCGCGUGUCGCCCGCGGCCCGGCGCAGGCGGUGCCGGUCCGAGAGCUCCGAGAGCAGCGGCGCUUGCUCGCCCCUGCCAGGCAUCGCGGUGGGUCCGGGCGCCGGGCUGCGGGCCCUCGCCGCGCUGCCGCCGCCACCAGCCAGGGGCCGCUGGCCGCAGCCCCGCAGGGCUGGAGCGGGCGGAAGCCCACGGCGGCCAGCCCAGCCGAGGCAGCGGGAGGACGACGGGCAGCCAGGACCUCCGUCGGAGGGGUGGGUCGCGCUGCGGUCGCGCAGGGCCCGCGUGCGCCCGCUCUGCUUCAAGGCCCUGUGGGGCGCCUGCGACGGCGCCGGCUGCCCGCGAUGGCACCCCGCCGACGAGCGCGACGCCAAGCGCAUCCUCGACGACCUUUCGGUGCGGCAGUGCACUGAGGAGAGGUGCCGCAAUGGGAAAUUUACAUUCUGCCCCUACUACCACGGCCCAGCCCCAGCGCCUGCACAGCCGGGUGCAGCGGUGCCCUGCGCAGUCCCCCCGCCGAAGCGGGCCCGGCGCGGCAGCCCGGGCGGCGGUGGGCCCAUUUCGCCACGCUCUGAGAGAUCUUCUGGGCAGCUGUCCUCCGAGUCCGCUUCGCGCGACGGCUCGCAGAGCGAUAGCAGCGACGAGGAAGGCCAGAGCAGCAGCCCAUCCACGGCGCUCGCGGCGGCGUCGGCGGAGUCUGGCGGCCCAGCGCAGCAGCCCCAGCACCGGCAGUUCUUGCAGCGCAAGGAUCCGCCCGCGCUGCUGGUGGACGGGCCAGACUUCGCAGUCGUGUCGAAGCCCGCCGGCUGGGACGCGUGUUGCCCCGUCGCUGCGGGCAGCGGCACCACCUCGGCAGAGGGUCUGCUGGCCAGCGGCUGGGUGGAGCCCCUCUUCGCCUUCCCUAAGUUGCGCCGCCGACGGGAGCAGCACGUGGUGCUCUCGCAGGGCCCCAUCGCCUCGGGCUGGGCCCUCGUGGCGGGCAGUCGCCGUGCCCAGCACCGCCUCCUCAGCACGCUGCGCGAGGGGAAGCUGAUCUCCUACUCCCUGGCGCUGGUCGACGGGGAGCCGCCGCCCGGCGGCGAGCUCGCGGGGGCCAACCGCGAGGAUGGCGCCUUCGAGGCGUCCACUCUCGCCGUGUACAGGCGCAAGGCUGCGGAGGGCUGGAGCGCACAGGCGGGAAGCGAGCGCUGCACCCUCGUGCUGAUCAAGGCCGCAGGCAGCGCUUGCGGCGCAGAGCGCGGGCUGCUCGCCUUGGCGUGGGGGCGGCCAGCGGCCGGCGACGCGGAGCACGGCGCGGAGGGCGGUGGCGCGCGGGCGUUCUUCCACGCGUACGCCCUCGGAUGGUCGCGGCCCGAGGGCGAGGGCGGGCGAAUGGCGACGGUGGUCUGCCCGCUGCCUGCCGACAUGCGCGCUGGCUUCGAGGGCAUGGACGCUUUCUUCAACUGUCCUGCUGGCGGCGACGCCGCCGUGGCCAGCGCCUGCGCCGCGGAGCGGAUGCGCCAGGCGUUGCUCAAGACGGGGCAGUUGCCAGCCGAGCUGCUCGCGGAGGGCGGCAUGGUCAGCUGCCCCACCACGGGGUCUUUCCGGGCGGUCUCGCAGGCAGGGAAAGUUCUGCCGAUGCCUCCAGCCCCGCCGCUCCCAUUCGGCUUGGAGAGGUGGGGUGGGGUCAUUUGCCGGCGGCGCUGGAUCGUCGCAUUCGUGAAGGAAGCGCUGAGACGCGCGAAGGAGUAUCGCCUCGAGGAGGUCGCGCCUGGCCGAGUCAUGGCCCAGACGCUCCUGGAACACUUCGCCGUGCUGCGCGAAGCCUGCUACAAUUCGGCGAAAGCUCUCUGGAGGGUGGCAGACAGGGACGUUUCCAAGGCACUCGAGCCUGUGUGGGAAACGAUGGACGAUCCGCGGGUCAACCUCUCCGCGGAUUCUUGCUUGUCUAUCGGAGUCAGACCCCCUUGCGAACAGUUGCAAGCGUUCGUGGAGGAGUACGUGUCUGGGCUGCCUGCUGGCGAGAGCAUUCCAGUGGCGGAGUUGUUCGGCAAUGAGCACGUGCGGGCGAUCUACAGCGAGGCACAGAUGCCACACCGACCUCUGCUCGAGUCCUUGAAGCCAUGCCCGCUCUUCGAUGUCGAUCCGACUGCCGACGCCAUCACGCUGCGCGCCGUUCCAGAGCGGUUCCUGCUCGGCAUGGAGAAGCUUAUGCGCGAUCACGGGAUUCGUCGCGGGGACCCGCGGCUUUUCGUUGAGCUCAGGAAGCAUGGUCACAGGGUACCGGUCUCCUGGUUCCUUGGGAAUUACUCCCAGUUCCUUCUUGGAGAUUCUCAGGCAAAGAUUAGCGUGGCGGAGGCGACCAAGAUGUUGGCGUCAUCUCAGGAACUAGUGGUGGAGCCUGGCAGCAACAUGGUAAAGUCGCGGUCAGGCCAUGUUCUGAGCCUCCCAGCUGCACCUGAGGCCCACCCAGCAUUCAGGAGAGUUGGCAAGGAGCACAACUUAAUGUGGGGUGACAGGUUCACGUUCAGCCCUAGGGACGUCAAACUGUUCCAGGAGCUUAUGGAUCACUACUUCGAACCCUUCUCCCUUCAGCACAACCGUAUGCUGCUUUACACGGCGGAGGUUGAGACGGACCCUUCGGGCAGCACGACUUGGCGUUGGAGUGUUUCCCGUCUCAUGCAGGACUUCAAGCGUGUCUAUACGAGUUUGGGAGGAUUGGCGCGCAAAACGAGGUACGCAUUCCUUGAGAGGGUGUGCUCCGUGGCGUGCAAGAACGUUCGGUUCGUGUCGAGAUUGCGAGACGAGGAACUCUUCGUGGAGCUCGUCUACGUGCCAGACUUUAGGCUACCAGUGAUUGCGUUGUGCGCCCCAGCGUGGAUGUCGGAGACCUUCCUUGCGAGGCAAGAGCAGCUCCCGCCGAUCCCUCCGUCGGGCAGCGUCCUUGUCUCGUACGCCCUCGGCUGCGCCGCGGGCGCGCUGGGUUCUGCCGGCGACGCGGGCCAGGCCGCCCCCAAGUUCGCGCGCGCCAAGCGGCAUCGGCUCAUCAUCCGCCAGUUGCUCGCCUUCACGGCCGAUGUGCUUUGUGUUCAGCAGUGCGAGUCUGGCCUCCAGAGGCCUGCGUGCCGCAGCGGCACCCUGGAUUGCGGGACAACAGCCUGGCCAACGGAGGGCACGUUGUUAGCGGCGUUGGUUGCCAGGCUGGAGAAGGACGACUUCGAAUGGCUCGCAGCGCCAGCUUUGGAUCUACAGGGGCACUCACGCGAAUGGGGCUCUGCCAACGUUGUCUUCUGGCUCCGCCGCAAGUGGAAAGCGGUGGGAUGGGCCGUCAGCGCAGGGGGCGCUGUCAGCGUGGUUCUGGAGCCGCGCCGUAGCCCAGGAGUCUCUUGGCAGCUCACCGCAUGCUCCCUCGAGGCCUCCGAGGCCGACCUCUCGGCCCAGCUCUCCGCCGUGAAGGGGUACUUGCGGCCCCCGUGCAUUUUGAGCGGCACGUUUGGGGCCGAGGCGGCGGACGUCGGCCGAGCGAUGCAGGCCGCGGGGUGUCCAGGCCUCCGCAGUGCGCAUCGCGAGGUGCUCGGGGCAGAGCUGGCCUGGACGAGCCUCUGCUGGGGCAGCGGCGGCAGCCAUGAGCCAUCGACGAGAUGCCGCAACAGCGUGUGGCUGGGCGGGGGCUCCUCGCUCACGCCGCUGGCCGCGCUCCCGGGCCACAAGCGCGGGCCUCACCGCACCGAGGAUGGACGCGUCUGCCGGCAGACGAUGCCCACGGACCAUUUGCCGCUCGUCCUGGGCAUCGAGCACGCCCCUCCUGGGGACACGUCGCACGCGCUGCCCGUUGGUUAG